GCUCCCAUUUGUCGGCCGGGAGUCAUGUGUGUCGCUGCCCGACUGCUGUUGUAGGAGGAAUGCUGGAUUUCCAGAUUCACGCGGGGUGUGGGCAAAGGUUUCUUUCCUCGGGAACGAUGCAAGGACACUGCUCUGCUCCUCUCCUCGAGCGGGAGACCCCCAGAUCCUAAAACAGCACUGAGGCACCAGCGGAUCCGGCCACAACCUGCUCUGCUCUGCACUGCACGGCCUGCCUGAUACCAAAAGCAGCAUAAGUGAGCCCUGCAGGUACUCACUGAAUACAUGAGAUGGCCAACACUAUGCAGAUCUCCAAAGAUGAGCUGGAGGAGCUCAAGGAAGCCUUUGCCAAAGUUGAUCUCAACAGCAAUGGAUUCAUUUGCGACUACGAGCUGCACGAGCUCUUCAGGGAGGCCAACCUGCCCCUCCCGGGGUACAAAGUGAGAGAGAUCAUCCAGAAGCUCAUGAUUGACAGCGACAAGAACAAAGACGGGAAGAUUAGCUUUGAAGAGUUCGUUUAUAUUUUCCAAGAGGUGAAAAGCAGCGAUAUUGCCAAAACUUUCAGAAAAGCCAUCAACAGAAAGGAGGGAAUAUGUGCUCUUGGUGGGACGUCGGAGCUCUCCAGCGAAGGGACGCAGCACUCGUAUUCAGAGGAAGAAAAAUACGCCUUUGUAAACUGGAUAAACAAAGCCUUGGAAAACGAUCCCGACUGUAGCCAUGUUAUUCCGAUGAACCCAAAUACAGAUGACUUGUUCAAAGCAGUUGGAGAUGGGAUUGUUCUAUGCAAAAUGAUCAACCUUUCUGUUCCGGACACAAUUGAUGAACGAACAAUCAACAAGAAAAAACUCACACCAUUCAUCAUCCAGGAAAACUUGAACUUGGCGUUGAAUUCUGCCUCCGCCAUCGGGUGUCACGUUGUCAAUAUUGGAGCAGAGGAUUUGAGGGAAGGGAAACCGCAUCUGGUUCUGGGACUCCUCUGGCAGAUCAUAAAGAUUGGCUUGUUCGCUGACAUCGAGCUCAGCAGAAAUGAAGCUUUGGCUGCCUUGCUUCGUGAUGGUGAAACUCUGGAGGAUCUUAUGAAGCUGUCACCAGAAGAGCUGCUCUUGAGAUGGGCCAAUUUCCAUUUGGAAAAUGCUGGGUGGCACAAAAUCAAUAACUUCAGUUCAGACAUCAAGGACUCCAGAGCUUAUUUCCAUCUUCUCAACCAAAUUGCACCAAAAGGGCAGAAAGAAGGAGAGCCACAGAUUGAUAUCAACAUGUCAGGUUUCAGUGAGAAGGACGACUUGAAGAGGGCAGAGUACAUGCUUCAGCAGGCCGACAGGUUGGGCUGCAGACAGUUUGUGACUCCUGCCGACGUGGUCAGUGGGAAUCCCAAACUGAACUUGGCCUUCGUGGCAAACUUGUUUAACAAGUACCCAGCGCUCACCAAGCCCGAGAACCAGGACAUCGACUGGACUCUCCUGGAAGGAGAGACGCGCGAGGAAAGGACCUUCCGUAACUGGAUGAACUCUCUCGGCGUGAACCCCCACGUAAAUCACCUUUAUGGCGACCUCCAAGAUGCAUUGGUAAUAUUGCAGUUAUAUGAGAAGAUCAAAGUGCCUGUUGACUGGAAUAAAGUGAACAAGCCUCCGUACCCCAAGCUCGGGGCAAACAUGAAGAAGCUAGAAAACUGUAACUAUGCAGUAGACUUGGGGAAGCAUCCAGCCAAAUUUUCUCUGGUUGGCAUUGGUGGACAGGACCUGAAUGACGGGAACCCAACGCUGACCCUUGCACUUGUCUGGCAGCUGAUGAGAAGAUACACAUUGAAUGUGCUCGAGGAUCUCGGCGACGGUCAAAAAGCAAAUGAUGACAUCAUUGUAAACUGGGUGAACAGGACCUUAAAGGAAGCUGGCAAGUCGACUUCCAUCCAGAGCUUUAAGGACAAGACUAUCAGCACAAGCUUGGCGGUGGUGGAUUUAAUUGAUGCUAUACAGCCUGGUUGUAUCAGCUACGAUCUUGUAAAGACUGGCAACCUGUCGGAAGAUGACAAACAAAAUAAUGCAAAGUAUGCGGUGUCAAUGGCAAGGAGAAUUGGUGCCCGAGUGUAUGCUCUCCCAGAGGACCUGGUGGAGGUAAAACCGAAGAUGGUCAUGACCGUGUUUGCGUGCUUGAUGGGCAGGGGAAUGAAGAGGGUAUAAAAUCAUUGACACGUGCAGAAAAGCCCAGCUUGCCAUCCCAGGUGCGAGACUAGCAGAUCCGCUGUGUCCAGCUUGAAAUGCAGUUGGCCUAAGACCUGUUGAAGUUUAAAGGACUUUCGGUUUUGCUUUGCAAGACGGGAACGCUAUCAAAAAUCUCAGGGAGAGGAGUUUAGCCCAACAGACUUGCUCUUUUCCCAGGGUAAAAGUUUGACUUGUCAAGUGCUUACAGAAAUGCAUUCAUAUCAGCCCAGCAUCCUAGCAUGCUGCUCUGGGGUUUUCAGAUGUGCUGUUUCUCAGAUAUUCCAUGUUUUUUCUUCUGAGGGUUGCUAAGGUGGGUUGGCAUGAAGCUUAAGAGACACAGAUCUUGCUUUCUAUCUGACAGCCAGUUUAAUUUGUAUUGCGGUCAAAGUGUGUUCUGGGUUUCAGCUUCUGCUUGCGUUUGUAACUAUAAAGUUACAGGACUAGCUGCAAACCAGUAGCAUGGCUUAAAAGGUUAAUUGAAACAUAUAUCUGAAUCUUCCUGCAGUAUUCUCUUUACACGGUGCUUUUUUUAUACAUCUAACAAUAUUUUGAUUAUGUUACAAAUAAAGCCUAGUAGUUUUUCUCUGGUUACUUUUUUUAAAGGGUUUCACAUUUAAAAUACAUUUGAGACUACCAUGAAACUCAGCCUUUCACAAUAAUAGCUGUUGUCAUUUUGCUGGUGUCGUGACAUCUGGGAAUGGAAAUGAAUGCCUUUUCGUACGCAUCUUGAUUCAGUUGUGUGCACCUAGAAAAUAAUUUUUACAAAGUCUGCAUGAAAACUAUACUUUUUUAUUUAAAAUGCUGUUGGAUAUAAAACUACAGAACAUUGUGGUCAAGUUUUGCGAGGAGAAGAAGCAAAUGUUACAAACAGCAGGGUUCAAUAAACUGAACAGCAACCAUGCCGAAACAGAAAACUAUUUUUGCAGAAAAAUACUGGAAAGUGUUGUCACCAAAGAAGGAAGGAGCUGUAUCCAUAGGAAUUAAUAUACUCUUGCUUUGGCAAGCUGUUUGCUAUAUUUUGAGAUCAUAUUGCUAUUCUGAGCUAUUCAAAGUGAUGUAAUAUGGUGGCAAAGCAUUAGUUGAAAUAAAAACAUUUAAAUACA